AUGUGUUUAAUAUUGUCCACUUUAUUUUGUUUUAAACAUCAUGUUAAUGUUUGUGAAUCAUGUCUUGUUAAUGAACAUGCUCAAUGUAUUGUACGUUCAUAUGUAUCGUGGUUACAAGAUAAUGAUUAUAAUCCAAAUUGUACCUUAUGUCAACGUUCAUUAACUGAAACUGGUGAUGAAACUAUACGUCUUAUUUGUUAUGAUUUAUUUCAUUGGUCAUGUCUUAAUGAAUAUUUUCGUUCAUUUCCAAAUCAUACAGCACCUGAUGGAUAUACAUGUCCAACAUGUCAUACGUGUGUUUUUCCACCAUCAAAUCUUGUUUCACCCGUUGCUGAUCACGUACGAACUAAAUUAUCAACAGUCAAUUGGGCAAAUAGAUUACCAAUAUUAUCAAUAAAUGAUUCAAAUUUAAAUCAAGAUAAACAACCAUUAUUAACUGAAACUGACAAUAAUGGUUAUGUUAUUGUGAAUCCAAAAAUUAGUGGAACUAGUGGAGGACAUGUAGGAGGUACUAGUGGAUUAUCACAUCAUCCACAUCGAUCUAUUGAAAUGACACAAGGAACAACAAUAUUAACAACAAGACCAUCACAAAUGGAUUCUGACGAAGAAGAUAAAUAUAAACGUCGUAGUGUUUUUACAUGGUUUGCUCGAUGGUUACAUUCUCGACAAGCAACUAAUCGAAAAGGUGCUUCAAUAAAUAAUCGAACACAAAUAUCUCGUACUCGCUUUACAUGCUAUAUGAUAUUAAUAAUUUUAUUUGUUUUUAUCACAAUUCUAACAGUUUUAUAUCAUUUAACACGUGGUGAUGAAAAUGAACACUUAGAUCGUAUUAAUGAUCCACAAUUUAAUCCAUUCAAUAAUCCAUUUAUUCGUGUUGGUAAUCGAUUAUUAAAAAAUCCUUUAAAAGAUUCUAAUUCACAUAUCAAUAAGGAUCAAUCACAGUGA